AUGGGAGGUGAGGACUCUUAUUCUGAAAAUCACUUGGUACAAACACUUCCAACAGGAGGUGCCUGUCUGAAGAUAAACACUGAAACUGAGACGGAGGAAGACGAGGAGCUGAUGGAGAACCAUGAAAUGUUAGCUGAUGAUGGUGAGGGAGAGGAAGAGGAGGAAGGUUUACUGAAUGAAAGUGAAGAGACAGAGGAAGAGUUAUAUGAUAUGGAGGGUAUGCAGGAGGUAGAAGAGGAGGUGAAGGGAGAAGAGGAGGAAGAGGAGGUGAAGGUAGAAGAGGAGGAGGAGGUGGAGGUAGAGGAGGAGGUUCUGGUUACAGUUAUGCUGCACAGUCAAAAAGGAAAGGAUGAAGAGAGAGGAGGUGAACAAACCCACAAACACAAGGAAGCUGACUCUGAGGACUCUUAUUCUGAAAAAAAGGCACAACACACACCCUCUGAAGAGUCCAAAACACAGCACCCUGAGGACUCUUAUUCUGAAAAUAAGGCACAACACACACACUCUGAAGAGUCCAACACACAGGAGGAGCCUGAAGAUAGACAGGAAGUGAAGGAAGAGGAGGAUGAAGAGGAGGAGGAUGGUGGAAGAAGGGCUGCAGAGCUUCAGACAGAAGACAUCACUAGUCCCAGUCCAACAGAACCAGCUGCAGCCUCAGUCCCAGUGCAGUCCCCCAAGUCCUCCCAGUGCAGCUUCUACGGCGAGCUGCUCAGGUCUGCAGCGGUCUGUCUACCAGGUUCCAGGGACCGCAGUGGGCGUGCUCUGCUGACGGUGUGCACCCUGAACCCCGUCUGGACCCUCCCCCACUGUGAGACCAGGGGUCUGCUGCAGCUGCUGCUGUACUACACCUCCAUCCUCAGGAAGGAGGUGCCAGCGUUGGGGCUGACGGUGCUAGUUGACGCCCGCGGAGCUGCUCCUGCCCCCCCCCUGUUCUCUGCUCUGAGGUCACUGCAGGAUAAAGAACCAGGAUCAGUUCACUCUGUGCUGCUGCUGGUUCACAAGGACUCUGCCCUGCAGCUGCACACACCUGCAGACACACAGGUGCUGCUCUCUCUGAAGGCUCUUCAGAAGCAGGUGGAUCUGCAGCAGCUUCCUGCAGAGCUCGGAGGAUCCUUCAGGUUCACACACAGCAGCUGGCUCUGCUUCAGAUUGAGAGUGGAGCAGCUGAGGCGUCAGUGUUCAGACGUCAUCGAGCUGCUGCAGGAGACCAUCGAGGUCCUGCAGGGUACCCCCCUGCCUGCUGCAGCCCCGGAUGCUGAGCGGCUGCUGUCCAGCUUCCAGGAAGUGAUGUGCGGCGUACUGCGGGAUGGGCGGGUGGUGCAGCUGCAGCAGGAGGGGGGGGCGUCUCUGUCGCUGCUGAGGGAGGGGGUGAGGGAGGGUGUGAGAGGGGGGGAGAAGGAGGAGGUGCAGGAGGUGCAGGCUCUGUACGAUCAGGUGGACGAGCUGCUGCACCGCCUCGUCACGCUGUCCAACCGCCGGACCCACCAGCUCUCAUCCGUACUGAGGCUCAGGGCGCUGGAGGCCAGCUUCGCUCAGGUGCAGACGUGGCUGCAGGACAUCGGGGAGCCUCGUCUGAAGAGUCUGAGUGAAGCUGAGGAUUCUCUGGAGCUGCUUAGGAAGAAGCGGGAAGAGUUCAAAGAGUUCCACACCACUGCAUAUGAGUGGGGGAGUCUAGGCUCCUCUCUGCUUGCUCAGGUGGAGCGCUGGGUGGAGGAGUGGUCAGCUGAUCAGGGGUCAGCUGAUCAGUGGUCAGCUGACCUGCAGCAGUGUGAGGUCAGAGUUCAGAGGUUCUGGUCUGAGCUGCAGGAUUUCUCUGAGCGGGUCAGAACCACGGGACAGAACCUGGAGCGAGCCAAACGCCUCUACAGCUUGCUGGACCAGGCGUAUGGCUGGGCGUUGCAGGGAAUGCGCCACCUAGCGGGGGUCAGCAUGGAGGACUGCACGCUUCCCGAGAAAUGCCAGGCUGUGAUUAGCUGCCUGGAAGAGUACCGCCUCCAGCACCCGCCCAUCCCCGACGCUCUUUUCCAGGAGCUGAGGGCAGAGGCCGGGGAGCUGCGGGGGGGGCGGGGCCUCCAGCAGUGGAGCUUCGCCUGGUCCAAAUGUCAGGAGACCAAGGAGGUGUUCGACAGGAAGCUGGAUGCGGCCCUCAGGACCAGAGACUCGGCCCACAGGAAGGAAUCUGACUCCGCCCAUGCCCACAACAGCAAGGAGUCUGACACCGCCCUUACAAGGACCUCAGACCCCGCCCACAGGAGGGACUCUGACUCUGCCCUUAUAAGGACCUCAGACCCCACCCACAGGAGGGACUCUGCCCUUAUAAGGACCUCAGACCCCGCCCACAAGCAGAAGUCAGACUCCGCCCACAGCCGUAGCUCUGCCCCCUUUAGGAGGACUCUGUCAGCACUGUGGGGGUUCCAGGAGAAGACGGAGGACAGCGUCUCCUCACCCUCCCUCUCCUCCUCUUCUUCCUCCCUCCUCGCCUCUUCCUCACCUCGUAACUCCUCCUCCUCCUCCCUGCUCACUGCCACCUCCUCCCCCCUCCCCCCCCCAGAACACCCCCCUCCUAGCGUUUGUUUCGCAGCUCCUCCUCUGAGGAUCCGGCUGCCCCCCCCCACCUCUUGUCCCUCCUCUUCCUCCUUCUUCUCCAGGAGGCAGCACUUGAGGAAGACUCAGAGCUUUGACUGCCCCCCCACCCCCGAGGCGCAGUGGUCCGGUCCGGUGCCUCGCUCUGUGAAUGACCCGGUGAGGAGAGGGAACACUGGGGUGUUCAUCAGAGGUCUGGAGGUCAGCAGCCCGGAGGCCUCCGCCCGCACGCUCUGCCCCAGGACCAGUGCUCUUAGCUGGGCAGGACCCCAAACCCCGCAGACCCCCAGGACCACCAGCCCGGCAGCAGAGUCCAGACCCAGGGGCAGUAAACUGCGUCACGUGGUGGAGGAGAUGGUGACCACAGAGAGGGAGUAUGUGCGCUCGCUCCGCUACACCCUCCAUCACUAUCUCCCGGAGAUGGAGCGCGGCGACCUGCCUCAGGACCUGCGGGGGAAACGCUCCGUGGUGUUCGGGAACCUCAGCCGGAUCCUGGACUUCCACAGCCAGUUCUUCCUGAAGGAGCUGGAGGCCUGCUGGAAGCACCCUCUGAGGGUCCCCCACUGCUUCCUCAGACACCAGGAGCAGUUCAGCCUGUACGCUCUGUACAGUAAGAACAAACCCAAGUCUGACGCUCUGCUGGCAGCUCAUGGGAACUCCUUCUUCAGGAGGAAGCAGCUGGAGCUGGGGGAUAAGAUGGACCUGUCCUCCUACCUGCUGAAGCCGGUGCAGAGGAUGAGUAAAUACGCUCUGCUGCUCUCUGACCUCAUCAAGGAGGUGGGGGGGGCUCAGGAAUCGGAGCUUAGUGCGCUGCAGGCCGCCACCAACAUGGUGAAGUUCCAGCUGCGCCACGGCAACGACCUGCUGGCCAUGGACGCCAUCCGGGACUGUGACGUGAACCUGAAGGAGCAGGGUCAGCUGAUCCGGCAGGAUGAGUUCACGGUCUGGAGCGGGAGGAGGAAAUGUCAGCGCCACAUCUUCCUGUUCGAGGAACUCGUGCUCUUCAGUAAACCCAAGAAGGUGGAGGGGGGGCUGGAUGUGUUCAUCUACAAGCACUCCUUCAAGACGGCGGACGUGGGUCUGACUGAAACCUCCGGAGACAACGGUUUGAGGUUUGAGAUCUGGUUCAGGAGAUAUACGAGGAAGAGCCAGACCUUCGUCCUGCAGGCCGCCACCACUGAGGUGAAGCUGGCCUGGACCAAUGGCAUCGCCCGAAUCCUGUGGACGCAGGCCAACAGGAACAAAGAGAUGCGUCUGAAGGAGAUGGUGUCGAUGGGCGUCGGAAACAAACCGUUUCUGGACAUCCAGCCGAGCGACGCUGCCAUCAGCGACCGUGCCGUGCAUUACAUCAUGAAGAGCAGAGGAGCCAGGACGCGGGCCUCUAUAGCGGUCUCUACGUUCGAUCACUCUGAUCCGUUCAAACGAGGAGCGCUGACCCCUGAACACCCCGCCUCAGGACCCUCAUCCUCAGGCCUGCUGGGGCCCCUCAACCUGCACAUGUACAGUCAGCCCCCCCCUCCGGCUGAAGGCUCCUUCAUCACUACUUGUAUCGAGGAGGAUGAGACGGAGCACGAGACCAGCAGCCAGCCCUCCAUGACCACAGAGAGUUCUGGAUCCUCAUCUCGCUGUCUCUCUGGAUCUACCGGAUCAGACUCCGGCUGCCCCCCCUCCACCCUGCAGGAGGAGACCUGCCCCUCUCAGCAGCUGCUCACCUCCUUCUCCCCCCCUGCUAAGUCGAUCGGCCCGGCCUCCAUCGUCUGAUCAGCUGUUUGUUCCUCCUCACUCUCUUCAGUUCCUGAGAGGUUAAAGGAGCCCGUAUGAACUGCAGUUUAUUUAUGGUGCAUUCAGGUACUGUAGUCAGUUCCCAAGAGGUAUUGAUGGUGCGUUCAGGUACUGUAGUCAGUUCCCAAGAGGUAUUGAUGGUGCGUUCAGGUACUGUAGUCAGUUCCCAAGAGGUAUUGAUGGUGCGUUCAGGUACUGUAGUCAGUUCCCAAGAGGUAUUGAUGGUGCGUUCAGGUACUGUAGUCAGUUCCCGAGAGGUAUUGAUGGUGCAUUCAGGUACUGUAGUCAGUUCCCGAGAGGUUAAAGGAGCCCGGAUGGACUGCAGUUUAUUUAUGGUGUGUUCAGGUACUGUAGUCAGUUUGUGUAAAUAUGAAAGUUAGCGUUAGCUUCAGUCUGAGCUGUCACUGUACAUGUGUGUAAAUAAAGUUUAUACUGACAAUAAACUCUUUGUUCUAACCUC